UCCCUGUUAGUUAAGACCACCAAACAUAUAUACCAAAAAAGUUGCUCACAUUUCACAAAGAAAGACGAUGAGAAAACCAUUAGAAGCUUCCAGCUUCCAUGAUCAUGGCCAAGUUUCUUCACCAAGCUGCUAGAAAUAUGAACAAGCUUUGCAGAAAAGUUGUUCGCAUCAACGUCCGGUGGAGCAUACUCCAAAGGGUGUCGAUUAUUCGAAAGUUUUUUCGAUUCAUUUGGGACAGGAUUCUUGUCUGUUCCGUAGGAGACUCAACCCGGUACCGGAGGUUGUCCCGCCGCCGGUCGUUUCUGCCGCCGGAGGCGAUAGAGGCAGCCAUGGGAUCUUUGGAUGAUGAGUCAUCAUCGGCUUGUAGUGGGUAUGACUCGGAUUCCGAUUUGGUCACCUUGAAGAUCAGCUUGUUGGGUGAUUGCCAGAUUGGAAAAACAAGCUUUGUGAUAAAAUAUGUAGGAGAUGAGCAGGAGAAGAGAAGCUUGCAGAUGGCAGGAUUAAACUUGAUGGAUAAGACUUUAUCUGUUCAAGGUGCCAGGAUUUCAUUUAACAUAUGGGAUGUGGGAGGCGACCAUGGAUCACUCGACCAUGUUCCUGUUGCUUGUAAAGAUGCAGUAGCAAUUUUGUUUAUGUUUGAUCUUACAAGUCGGAGUACACUAAACAGUGUUAUUGGGUGGUAUAGUCAAGCAAGAAAGUGGAAUCAGACGGCAAUUCCCAUAAUAAUAGGAACAAAAUUUGAUGAUUUUGUUAGACUUCCCCCGGAUUUGCAAUGGACGAUCGUGACUCAGGCUAGGGCAUAUGCAAGGGCAAUGAAAGCGACCCUGUUCUUCUCGAGCGCCACCCACAACAUAAAUGUGAACAAGAUUUUCAAAUUCAUCAUGGCCAAGCUGUUUAACUUGCCGUGGACGGUAGAGAGAAAUCUGACUGCUGGAGAGCCCAUCAUUGACUUCUGAGGUGUUUUUUUUCUCCACUGAUUUCUUAUUCACGUGUACAAAGCUGAAGAAAAUAAAAAUAUUUUAAAAAUGCGUUUGAUCCCAGCAGAUUGACUCCAUUUUCUGGUUUUCUUUUAUGUUUUUUAAAAAAUUCUAGUUUCUACUUCUACAGUGUAAGAAAGGAAUGGAAUGAGAUAUUUGUUCCCUCUAACAGUACUGAUUCUAUCAAUGGUUGUAGCAGUACACAUGCUUUUACAUGCAGAGAAAUACAAAGAUCAGAGAAUGCUUUU